AUGGCAGGUGGGAACAUCUUUCUCAUAUACGCUUCGCUUGAUGGCAGCGUUACUCUCUCCCCACGAAAAGCAUUCGGUCAUCUUGACGUCUUUUAUGACCCCAAUAUCCAGGCCUACCUUCUUGAAGGUUCUGGGGUCCAUGAUGGUGUGAUGACAGCAAACAUCCGCUGUGAUAACUGCAUGCACCUAGGCAAUGGAGAUAACAUAAUAGGAAGCUCUAGCUCAUGGGGUUGGGCCAUGCGCCAUGGGUAUCCAUUGGUGUCAUCUGAUGUUGCUGUGCGGAUUCAUAAGCACGAUGUUCACGGUAGCUUUACCUUGGAUUUGACCAGAGCCAUUGGCGGCAAUUCAUCAAACCCAUUUCUCGACUCGACAUACCCGCAUCACGAUGCCACCCCUUUCUCAAAAGAGCAUGUCAUUGAUGAUGCUUUGCUUUACAGCAAACGUGUUGCACAUGGUGUGAUGACGCCGAUCGCUUUCGUUUUGAUGUUCCCUGGCUUUGGGCUUCUCUUGCACAUAUACCCAUCUCGCCACACUGUUCUGUGGAUGCAUGCUCCGAUGCAAAUAAUUGCAGUCUGUGUAGCAUUGAUUGGACUUGGCUUUGGAGUCUCCGUAUCUAUGGAUCUCAAACUGUCUAAAGGCUAUCAUCCUACUAUAGGUUAUGUUUUGGUCGGCGUUGUCCUUCUUAUCCAGCCUGUCUUAGGGAUUGUGCAACAUUUGCAUUUUCGAAGAUCAGGAGGAACCGCCAUCUACGGUGUCUUACACCGCUGGUUCGGGCGCCUAUUAUCAGCCAUUGGCAUCGUUAAUGGUGGACUAGGGUUUUACUACGCGAAUCAGCAUACUGAGGAUAUCCCACCGAUUCCACCGAUCAUAUACGGCAUGGUCUGCGGAGGAGUAUGCAUAUUAUAUGUCUUUGUGGUCAUGUGGCGUAGGGAGAAGACGAGAUCGCAAGCUAUUAUCGCUAAGUUUCAGACUGAAUCCCUCCAAAACAAAAGUGACUUGGACCAAGGCAGUGACAAUCUUGACAGUGCGCGGUCGGGAUCUGUUGAAUCCAGCAGUAUCUCUGAGAAGAAGUGGCAAGUUUCAUGA